UAUUGCCCCAUAUGUAUUUGUUCUAUGAAAAAUAUUAGUGCUUUUAUAGAUUAGCCAUUGUUCUCUUUGUUUAGGCUUUUAUUGAAGGAAGAGUGAUCGAGCAUUAUAUAAUUAAAUUUGUUCAAUGUCUCAAAGUAACAAUGUUUCUGAAAAUCAGAAUCAGGAGGCUUCGCAGAAUUCUAUUAACCAUGACUUUGGCCAAUCCAGCAUCCAACAGACAAAUGAACAUCAUCAGAUUCAAUACACAUAUGGUCAAGUCCAUCCAAAUCAGUUUGUGUUGAAUCAUUAUGGCAUGUAUUCUGCCUCAAGGCCUAUGUCUAGUCCUGUUCCAGAACCCUCAUUCGCUAUGGGCCAAAAUUUACCUCCAGAGGGAUACAAUAUCAACUCGAAUAGCGUUGUCAUUCCUUCAAUAGUACAAAACGCGAGAGCUCGUGCAUCCAGGACAGAAGUCAUUGAGAGAGGACACAUAGAGGCAAAUCACCAACAUCCAAAUGCUCCAUUAAGUACCAUGGAGGGAGAACAACAGAGAACUCUAUAUGAUCCAAUCUAUGCUGAAAAUGGUCUACCCGUGGAUCCUUUCUUACGUCAAAUGAUGUUGAAUCCAGGUUUUGGCAAUACUAAAGGUAACAAGUAAGGAACAAACUGAGCUGGCUAGAAGUCUGAAGAUUUUUAUUAUAAAAUGUAGAAUAAAUGUUGACUUAUGAUGAAUUUUUUAUAUUAGAUUUUAUUAGUUAAUUUAAUUUCCGUAAGUGAAUGAAGAGUUGAGGUUAAGCAGAAAUUACAA